UUCAUGGAGGGAUCAUACCAGAGUAUUUAUCAGCCAUUCAACAGGGACCGUUCAUGUUUGAUGAGAGAAACAGCAGUGCACUUGGACAGAACCACAUUUGCAUGAUCAGAAGAAAGAGGGAUUGGUUGAUUCCCCAUGUCAGCGUUCCAGAAAAUGAUAAAGGCCCGUUCCCAAAGGAAGUGGUGAAGAUGAAGUCCACCGCUGCUGGUUCCAUGAGGUUGAUUUAUAAUAUCACAGGUGCUGGAGCAGAUCAGCCACCCAAGGGUCUUUUCACAGUGGACAAAUAUACAGGCAUGUUAAAGGUCACCAAAAGCCUGGACAGAGAGGAAACUGAAGAAUACAUUCUCACAAUUCAUGCUUCAGGAAUCGGAUGGAAUGACAGCUUCAAAGAAACCCCAGUCAAACUCACCAUCAAAGUUAUUGACCAAAAUGACAACAAACCCUUGUGUACCCAGGAUCCUUUUAUGGGUGAAAUCCCAGAAAGGGCAAAAGAAAAUGAGCCCAUCAUACAAGUGACGGCAAAAGACAUUGAUGACCCAGAAACUGCAAAUGGCAUUGUGCAUUACAAACUGGUGAGACCCAACGGUGGGGUGUUUCACAUAGACCCGGUCAGUGGAGUCAUCAGCCUGGCCACUGUUGGCAUUUUAGACAGAGAGAAUCAAACUGUGUAUGAGCUGGCUGUUGAAGCAGCAGAUAUGUAUGGUCACGGUCUUUCUUCCACCUGUAUGGUCAUCAUCAAAAUUACUGAUAGUAAUGAUCAUGCCCCUAGGUUCAGCCAAAGGAAGUAUGCAGGUACAGUACAAGAAAAUAAGGCUGGGGCAAUUGUUGCAAGGUUGGAUGUCACGGAUAGAGAUGAGCCUUUCACUGCAAACUCAGUGGCAAAGUUCAUCAUCAUCCAGGGCAAUGAGAAAGGGCUCUUCAACAUCAGCACUGCCCCCAGCGGGAUGGAGGGAAUCAUCAUGACAUCUAAAGGUCUGGACUUCGAGCAGACCAACAGUUUUGUUCUACUGGUGGUGGUCAAGAACGAGGUUCCUUUUGCUAUUCCUCUGGUCACCUCCACUGCUACCGUCAGCAUCACAGUGCAGGAUGUAAACGAGCCGCCUGUCUUUGAGACUGCAGAGAAACAGAUCGUGAUUCCUGAGGACCACAAAGUGGGCAGCACCAUUUCCAAAUACACAGCCAAUGACCCAGAUACUGCUAGAGAGCAGAAAAUAAGGUUUUACAUGGGUACACACACAUAUAAGUUGGAGCAACGUGCAAACUGGCUGGAGAUCACAGAGGACACUGGAAUCAUCAAAGUUAGGAGCUCAAUGGAUAGAGAGGCUUCGUUCAUAAUAAAUGAACAGUACACGGUCUUAGUACUGGCAUAUGACAAUGAUGACGAUCCCGCCACAGGAACAGGCACAUUAGUGAUUAAGCUACAGGACGUUAACGACAACGCUCCAGUGCUGGAGGAGCGCAGAGUCACGAUGUGUCUCACUGAGCCGAAACCCGUCCGUCUGACCAUCACAGAUCUAGACGGCCCAGGAAAUGGCCCACCCUUCAUUGUAGAGCUAAAUACAGAAUAUCAAAGAAACUGGACCAUCAUCAGCAACUCCAGCAGCAGUGUGGUGUUGCUGAAGCCGCUCAGACCUCUGGCUCUUGGCGAAUACAGCCUGGUAUUGCGCAUGUAUGACUCCAAGAGUUUAUUUCAGGACAGUUCUAUAAUAGUGGAGGUGUGUAACUGUAAGGGUGACGAUGUUACCUGCUCCAACGGCAUCGCGGCGUUGGCUGAUGACGUCACAUACUGUAUGUGUGUAUUUCUGUGCCUCACUACUAAUAACAGUGGUUAUUUGUUCUUUUUUUCUAUAGUGCUGUUUCUGUUGCUUUUCCUCCUGAAGAGGAGGUGUGGAAGAAAGGUUCAAUGGGGACAGUUCAAACAUAAAGAAGAAGACAGAGACAAUAUUAUAUGUUACAAUGAGGAAGGAGGAGGCGAACAAGACCAGGACUUUGAUAUGGUCCUAUUGUGCAGCGGACUAGAUGUUUUCUCUACUGAUAUUGCACCAAUGGACUCACCAACGUUCUUCUAUCGGCAACAUCCAGACGAGAAUGAAGAUAUCAUGAGCGUCCUUUAUGAGAAUUUGUGCACAGCAGAUGAUGACCACUUUGUGGCACCGUAUGACUCCAUGCUGGUGUUUACUCAUGAGGGUGAGGGGUCUAUAUCUGGAUCUCUGAGCUCUCUGCAGUCGUCCAUCGGUGAUGGAGAUCAGGACUUCCAGCAUCUGCAGAACUGGGGACCUCAGUUCAGAACACUGGCUGAUAUGUUUGCUGGAGGAGAAGGAGAGUAAUGUGUGCUCUGAUCACUAUAGAGGAGGAUGUAUAUAAAAGCGUGAUGUGAAAUGUGUUACCAAAUAUGGUGUAAGUCAUUAAAGGAAUAUAGUUCUCCAAAAAAUGAAAAUGUGCUGAAA